AUGUCGACUGCCGUACAGUACCCGCUGCGCGACCUGAUCGACCUCCAACACGACCCUUACCCAUCCUCGCCUCCUCCCGCUUCCACCUCGGCACCCUCGAAGCGCGACAACAGUCUCGACAGAUGGCGCGAGAAUGACGGAGACGACGACUGGGGAGAACUGCCGACUAGCACGGCGAAGAAGGGAAAGGGAAAGGCUGUCGAGGCUGACGGACCGCCCAAACGGCAGAGCAAGAUGAGCGAACGGUCGAAGCGUGCGGUCGCCUCAGAGUCAUGGGACGACGAUUUCCUGUUCCAGCAUGACCCUCCGCCUCCUCCAUCACGACCGCCCUCUCGCUCGCGCUCUCGCCCGACCACUCCCGCACACCGCAGCGUAUCUUCGACGUCUCGGAUCCCGCCUUCACCUUCCUCUCCUCCUCCCCGUCGGCCCAUGUCACCGCCGCAGAGUCUCGUCUUGAACGGUCCCGCAACCCUUUCGCUCGACUCGCUCGCAUCCUCCGUCGGCUGGUCGUCUGACCAAGACCCGACUGUCACUGUUCCGCCGACUUCGACACAGUCCGCUACCCCGCGACCUCCCUCUCGCCCGUCGCACCAGACGCACCGGAAGAGCGAGUCGACCGCUACCGCUCGUCCUCCCCUCUCUCGUCAAACAACGCCCAGAUCACGCAUACCCAAGCCCGCCCCGUCGAGCAACUCCCGUCAUGUCACUCCUCACAGCGAAGACGACGACUUCCGCUCCGCAACGCCGAGCUUGACGGAAGACAGCUUCAACAGCUUGACGACCGGCGAGGAGCUCGCAACCGAGACGGAGGACGAGCAAACGGACGUUGCGGUCGCAUCGCCGACGCUCCGCCAGGCGCCCGUGAUCGAGCGAGUCCCGAGUACCCGCAAAUGGCGGUUCAGUCGCAGUGGAAAAGCCGAGUCGAACAAAGCGGAGGCGCCCGCUUCAGCGUUCAGCGGGUUCCUCGGACGCCGCGCGUCGGUUGCGCCUCGCGAGCCGGAGGUCAUGAUGAUCGACCGACAGGAAUUCGCGCGAAGCCGCCAGUCCAACUCGCCUCGAAACGCCCUGCCUCGGCCCCAGCAAUCCGCCGACUCGGCUACACCUCGUCAGACUCGCGCCACCGCAGCAACUCGAGGGAAGCACUCGAGCACGGCUUCGACUGCGACUGUCUCGAGCGAAGGAUCCGCCUCGAAUGACCGAGCUAGACGGACGAGUCUUCAAUUUGCGCCGCUCUCGACGACGGGGCCGGACAUGAGCGAGCUUUCGGAGGACGACGACGUGGUGCCCGCUGGACGGGCAAGAACUCGCCACGCUGCACGUCCCACGGCAAGCGCGACCACCACUCCUUCGACGAGCUACAUCUCGCCGAGCACUCGUCCCGUCUCCCCUGUCGAAUCGAUCCUCGGCGGCGACAAGACCCGCUGGAACGCGAGCCAGGUCUCGUUCGCCUCGACCGCGUCGGCGUUUGCUCUGCGUCGUGAUGGGUCUGCGAGACAGUACGAGGGCAGGGGUGCGGAUGCAACUGCAGGCAGGAAACGCAAACUCGUCAAGAAGCGGCCUGUGUCGACGGUGGUUGGCGAGCAAGAGUCGCUCACGGCGUCGUCGCUCGGCCUCAGCAACGACGGAACGAGCGAGCGGCCUCUGCUUGCGCCGUCCAUCUUCUCGACCUCGUCCGGCGGUAGCUCGUACCCCGACUCGAACCGGACCGUACUCACACGCUCUCGCUCGACCCGUCCAAUGCCGUCGCUUGCGUUCGCGCGAGAGUCAGGCGACGAGGGCGGCACUCGUGGGACGACUCGUCCCACAACCCGUCAACGAGCCGUCGCGAACCCUCCGCGCCCGACGUCAGCAGCGACCGUCUCGCCGCGCAAGGGUGAGAAGGGCCAAGUUGUCGAGCUCGACAGGGAGUGGCUCGGCGUUGUUCCUUUCCCUCCAUCUCCUCGCGCUUCCCUCGAGGCUCCUCCACCCGGACCCUCGCUUCCGACCUCCGCCUCUCGCUCCUCCUUACGGCCAACCUCCGGCUUCCUUCGCAAGAUGUCCGGCAAGUCGCAUCCUCCCGUUACCGGUCGCACGCAGGCGGAAGCGAAGCAGACCAAGCGAGGUAGCGGGAUCGGCUCGUCUAUCACGAACUUGCUCUCACGCUCGACUUCAGCUCUUCCUCUCGCCGGCAAGCGAGCGCCGAGUCCAGCGCCGUCGUCGAAGUCGGUCAAGUCGAGCAAGAGUCUCUUGUUGCGCAGGUCGUCGAAGAAGGGCAAGGACGACGAGCCCGAGGUGCCCAAGUCACCGUCGAUCGGUGCUCUCAGGAAGCGCAGAUCCGUCACCGCGCCUGUCACAGGCAAGUCGCCCUCGAUGCCGUCCCUCCCAUCGUCUCCACCUCCUCCGCCUCUGCCUCGAUCCGGCUCUGCCUUCUCCUUCAUCACGCGCGCUCGAGGCUUCUCCCGCUCGUCGCCUCGCACGGAGACACCGCCUUCGCCACGAAAGCCGUCGACGUCGGUGGAUGCGCCGCCUGUUCCGCCAAUCCCUCCACCUCGCCCGCCGAGGCCGUCGCCUGCUGUAAUCCCCGCACAGACUGCGACUCGCCCUCCACCGUCGCAUGGUCAGCUCAACGCAGCGUACCGAAUGCCCGGAACUUCGGCGUCGACGGCCGCGGGUCCUUCUGGAUCUCGUCCGGCGCAACUUGCACCGACUUCGACCGCUCGCGCAGCAGCAACAAGCAGGCCUCCCAAGACUCGUCCGCUCCAAGCUGGUCAUCGCCCGAGCGUUUCGCUGUCUUCCAUCAUGCCCCUUCGUUCGACUUCGCCCCUGCCUCGUCCGCCACAGCCCCCCCUCGGUGUCAGGACCUCCCAGCAGUCGUUCGCGAGCGACAACCCUUCGACCGCGGGCGAGAGCGACCGCCCGCCAACCGUCUACAGCUUUGGCGACGAUCUCGUCAAUGGCGAGGACACGGGUGUUCCGAGGCGGAACAGUCUGAGCGACUUGCGGAUCCCGGCGCGGAUCACGAACGCACAGAAGAAGAUCGAGGAGGACCUGGAGCGGGUCAAGCAGUUUGCGGCGGCGAUCGAAGAGCUUAAGGCGCUUCGCGGACAGUACGAAGAGCUCGUACAGGUCAUGGCGCUGCCAUCGGUCUCGCCUCAGCAUCUCUCGCCUGAUCAGCCUUCGAAGAACGCCGUCGCGAAGACUGCGCAGGCCAUACGUCGAGUCGAGCUUGACUAUGCCUCGUGGUGGGAGCAGGCGCAGACGCUCAUCGACCUCGGCGACGGCAAGCCUCGGCAGGCUGCGAGUCGACCAUCUCCCGGCACGCUCGCCAGUCGCCGCGACCGGUGCGUUUCGCUCGCGCCUGAGAAGACAGAUCGACGCCAUUCGCGAAUUGGAUCAGAGUCGGAGGCGGAGACGAUUGCUUCGGCCCGUCCGGCGGAUUCGACAGUCACCAAGCGGCAAGUCAAGCGCCGCCCGAGUGCAUCAUCAAUCGAGACGGCUGCGAGUGUCGCCCACCGACAGAAGGAGAUGCUCCGCGGCGUGCUUGCGGCGCCGCACAAAGGUGCCUCGCUGCCUUCUCGGGCACCGCCGUCCCCACGUCCUCCUCUCACGGUCAUCACUCAGCCUGACUCUGCGACUUCGUCGGUCUCGCUCCAAUCAGGACGACGUGUCUCUCCUCUCUUCGCCGCCCUCGCCUCCCCAUCCACGCCCAGCCUCUCGCCAGAAAAGCCCUCUCCAGCGUCUCGACGAGUCAGUCGAACGGGCGUCUUUGGCAUUCGCGAGUUCCUCUUGCGAUUGCGCUCUCGAGCAACUGAGGAACUCGCCGCGUCCGUCCAGACAGAUCCACAGCUCGUCUCAGCGGGACAAGCGGAGUCGGAUGUCGCACCGGCGCCGAGGAGGUCGGUAUCCGACCCAACCUACCGGUCUCGUCACGUGUCCCGUCCAACGCCAGCCGUCUCUGUCGCGCCGCCGAUGUCCCGACACGCUCCGCGCACCGCAUCAAACUCGACGAGCGACUCUGACGAAGACUGGGACCUCGAGUUUUCGCCUCCUCGCGGGGCAUCCGUCCUCCAACUCGCCGCCGAAGACACCACAUCGUCGCUCUCUCGCCGGCACGGGCGCACGUCAUCCGUCGCUGGCGUCCGGGGCAAGACCGCCUCCGCCGAUGCCAAGCUCGUCUUGACCACCGAAGCGAUGCCAAGCCUGCUCGAGAAGGUCAGGGAGGUUAGGGAGGCGUGCGAGACUUGUAUCGGGCUGCUGAAGGGGCUAACGGUGUAG